GGUCAGACCGGACUCCGCUCCGUCUUGUUUGAAAACUCUCUCCCCCUCUCUCUCCGGGACUCCCGUCAUUCUCUCUCCGUGUCUCUCUCCCUCCCCCCCCCCCUCCUCUCCCACCGACCUCACCUCUCCCGGUGGCCUCGAGCCCAGCCGUGGGGGACUCGAAGAAAGAAGAAGACGCAGGGGGGAAGAAGCGCGCCGCCGGCCGGGAGACGCGUUUCAGAGGAGGCGACAUAGAUUUCUCCUGAUCUCUGGUCGAUGGAUUUCUCACUGACAACACAACAAUAUUUUAGCUAGAAAAUCGAGUGAAGCAUGGGUGACUGGAGCUUUCUAGGGCGACUGCUGGAGAAUGCUCAAGAACACUCCACUGUAAUUGGAAAGGUUUGGCUCACUGUCCUCUUCAUCUUUCGGAUCUUAGUGCUGGGAGCAGCGGCCGAAGAAGUCUGGGGUGACGAGCAGUCGGACUUCACCUGCAACACGCAGCAGCCCGGUUGCGAGAACGUCUGCUACGACGAGGCCUUCCCCAUCUCCCACAUCCGUUUCUGGGUGCUGCAGAUUAUCUUCGUCUCCACGCCCACCCUCAUCUACCUGGGCCAUGUGCUGCACAUUGUCCGCAUGGAGGAGAAGAGGAGGGAGAGGGAGGAGGAGCUGAGGAAGGCCGGACGGCACCAGGAGGACCACGACCCUCUCUAUCGCAAUGGGGUUGGUGACGGAGGAGGAGGAGGUGGCGGGAAAAAAGAGAAACCCCCCAUCCGGGAUGAGCAUGGGAAGAUCCGCAUCCGUGGGGCCUUGCUGAGGACCUACAUCUUCAACAUCAUCUUCAAGACUCUGUUUGAGGUGGGCUUCAUCUUGGGACAGUACUUCCUCUAUGGCUUCCACCUGAGGCCGCUCUAUAAAUGUGGCCGCUGGCCCUGCCCUAAUACUGUGGACUGCUUCAUCUCCAGGCCGACUGAAAAGACGAUCUUCAUCAUCUUCAUGCUUGUGGUUGCCUGUGUCUCUUUGGUCCUCAACCUGCUGGAGAUCUACCACCUGGGCUGGAAAAAGGUCAAGCAGGGCGUCACUAAUGAGUUUGCACCUGACAGCAAGUCGCUGCGCUUUAGUGGAGAUGGGCCUGGAGACGCAGAGACCAUUCCUGAGCAAACCUCUCCAUCGGUGCUCGACUGUUUGCCAACGUACGCUACUGUGAGCGUCGGGGGCAGAGCAGGAGAAGGAGCCUACAGUCCAACUGAAUCCUCCCCCACAGUGAUCUCCUUAAACCCUGACAUGGCCACCGCUCCUGUGCCUGCUGGAUUCAAGACGGAUGCACUCCGCCCAGAGGAGUUCCUGCUGGAGGCUUUGCCUGCUUCCUGUUACAGCAAUGGUGAGAAAGUGAGCAUUGGAAGCCAUGGACAGCUGGCAGCAAUGGAGCAGAACUGGAGCAACAUGACGCUGGAGCUCCAGAGUCUGGAUGGAAAAAAUUCCUCCUCCUCCUAUCCUCCCCCUCUUCCCUCACCCCCCACCUCUGCGUCCUCCUCUCCUCAGGAGGAGAUCCCACCAUCUCCAGAGGAGGAGCAACGCUCCACAUGUCCCACGCUUCCUCGCAAUACUCCUCUUUCAGCCCUCACACCAGAGGAGUCGGCGGUGGACCAGGUCUCCACAGCACCUUGUACGGUCCAGCAGGAUGACGUCACCGUGGUAACCAGGGCGGAGAUGCAUCAGCCUGCUGCAGCUGUAGGAACAGACAUCCGGAAGUCAAGUCGGGUCAGCAAGAGCAGUGGUGUCCGAGCUCGCCCUGAUGACCUGGCAGUGUAGCUAACACACACACACUCACACACAUUCACACACCCACGCAUACAUUAUUCAUCUUAUUGUUUAACACUCUGCCAAAAUGCGUAUUUUAAGAUGAGUUCUUCUAGCAGGACUAUCAGCAUUUUGUCAGUCAAACACUACAGAUCUCCAGUAUGGCUGCCAGAGGGUGUGUUAACGCACUUAAAUCCCAGUGUUUUCAUGAUUACUUGUCUGCCACAAAGAGACAAAUGAAGGCGCCAACAUGGCAACUACUUACUGUUCUGGCUACUUCUCUUUAAGGAAUGAGCAAAAGGAAUAUAGGAUCAUGCAAGAUCUAUAGGAGAACUGCAAACCUCCUCACUCAUACACCUGCACACACCCAAAGUAUGCAUCUAACCAGCACUGACACAAAUAAGGAAGGCUUAUAGUGGUGAUGAUGAUGAUGAUGAUUGGACUGACUAAUAAGUUUUGGAGCAUAGAGGCAACAAUACUAUAUUCUUUUAUUUUCACCUUUCUUUUAUUUCUUUGCUGAGAGACAUCAGAGGAGAGGUUUGCACUUUUGUUUCUUUAUUUUUAUUUUUCUUGUGACGUGAUGAUGGAGCUGAACAGUCUGUGGGUCCGUGGAACUUGUCCGUCUUCGUGGAACUUGUCCGUCUUCGUGGAACUUGUCCGUCUUCGUGUACCAUUCACACCUGGCCUGUAGUUUCAAUGAAGAGAGGGACGCACCAGCGUUAGGACACAGGAAAGCAAGUCCCACCCUGAGACAUAGUCCUUAGGCUUCACAGGCUGUGUGUGUGUGUGUGUGUGUGUGUGUGUGUGUGUGUGUGUGUGUGUGUGUGUGUGUGUGUGUGUGUGUGUGUGUGUGUGUAGGUACCUUAAUUUUGUUUCAGUGUUUAUAAAAUGACAUCUCUGCAGUUACAUCAGGGUAAACUAUAUAAAGUAUAUAAAUAUGUAAAUAUAUAAUGAUGGAUAGUAUUGAUAUGCACCACAGGAUGUUAUACAGAACUACCUACAUUUUUAAAAAGUUUGUCUCUGAUUAAGCUGCAAUUUAGAGCGACUUUCAUCGAGAAAAUCACAAAUCAAAAGAGCUUUUCUAACAGUGGCCCGACGAGGUGGGGCAAAUAAAAAAGAAUACAUGAUCAAGGGCUAAAACAACAUUAUAUUAUGUUCUUUACUAAACAAUUUGAAGCUUUGCAGCUUAAACUGAGCAUUAAAACUAGUACACCUUCUUUCUGAUGAUUGUGCUUGCAGUGUGUUACAGAACUGUUGAGUUCCUCCUAGCUGUUCUGUAUAGGAGGACUCUAAGUUAAUUUUCUAGAUGAGCUGUAGAAUAUACUGUAGCUUUUAGGUUUUUUUUUUUUUUGUUGAAAAAAUGAGAAAGCAAUAUGAUCCUAAAAAUGUUACCUUUCAUUUCUCUGUUAGUUCUUAACAGACUUCCCACAUGUUAAUUUUUCCUGUUUCACUCAUUAAUUCCUGCCAAAAUAAGAAAAUAACAUACAGGAACAAGUUCCUACGGUAGAAAUUUGGUUAUGUUGAAUAACGGCAACUUCCCAAUAACUUUUACUAAUUUUAAUCAUCAGGAAUAAAAAAAUACACCCGAACAACAAGACAACAGGGGGAGAGUGGUUUGGGGCAACCUGUGCGUUGGGUUUGUGCAUCUUUGUGUUUCUCUCAGAGAAAAGUGUUAGUUGAUUGUAAUUAUACUUGAAAAAUCCAGUUGCUAGACAGUACCACAGAUCAUGUGUUUGGAUUAGUAUUUGAACACUAUAACCAAAAUAACCUAAUGAAAGAGAAGAACAAUCAUUAUGGUCUAAAUUUGGAUUAAAACAGAGCAUUCUUCAGAACAUUUCUGAAGAAAUUUUAAGUGUGCCAAUGCAGCUUUUGCCUUUUAAUAUGUCCUGCAAUAAUUAUACAUAAGGUAUCAUUCAUAUGGGUACAUUUUAUUUUGAAAAGCCAGUAUGUUUCACAAACCCUAAUCAGCACCGUUUGACAUCUUUGAGCUUUUACUUUGAAAGUAUAGUCCAGCAUCAGUCAGCUGUGAGUCACUGGUUUCUGGCAGUGAGCAGACAAAUCACAGCUCAAAAACUACAAGUUGUAUCAAAGAAUACUUUCAUUAUGUGAAGCACGAUCCUGUUUUGAACAAGCUAAUAUAUUUUCAUGCACGUACGGUGUAUUUCACAGAUUGGUGGCAGAGAGACUCAGCAUUUCUGAUUCUCUCCUGAAAUUUUGGAGCUCCGAUAUAGUGGGAGUCCAUGAGAGUUUUGACAAGCACACUGCAUACUCUGAGGUGAUUUAUGAAAAAGCUCUAAGUUGUACAGCAGUGAGACUGAGAUUGGGUGAAAGAGGACAAAAAUCCCUAAAGUUUGAUAUAUAAAUUGUUCUUCUACAGUGGAAAUUGAGAGAAGGAGACAGUUACAAAAUCCAUCUAAGCAAUAUAUUAAUUUAAUGAAAUACACAAGUGUAAUUAGAGUCAAAUCUAUUCAUGCUUGUUAUGACACAACGAUAUUGAUGAGCCUAUUCAUGAUUUUGUGCCAGUAUUCCUUCCUACUUUGGCUGCAGUAACUGUUUAUUUCCCUGCAUUAUAAUCUUAAAUCCAUCAUUUUAAUGUAGGAAUACAGUUUGUUCUUAUCGUGAGACGUAUGCUGCUCUAGUGUUGUGUGCGGCUGGUCGUCUGUUGCCAACAACAUAUCUUGAAUGUGAAGGUGCUCGAAGCUAGAUUCACAAAUCCUGGCUUUAAUUAACAAGUCGAUAACCAUUGUGUGAUCGUUCAGCGUGAAGUUAUUUGUUAGGCUUUGUGAAGAUGAAAAAGAUAUCCUGGUAGGACUGACCUAUGGUCUCAUAAGAUUAUCUACCAUCAGCCAAAUAACACGUGAUAUUGUUACUUUCUCUGAAAUGAAGAUGGUGCUAAAGCUAUGAUGCAGUAGAUUUUUUAUUGCAGCUGUCAAAUCUUUAAGUGCCUUAAAUAAUGCAGUUUGUAUUGGCUUCUUCUUAUCAGACCCAAAGGAUAUGUUCAUAUUUUAUAUAUAGUCUAUGCAGACAAUUGUCAUCUUUACUGUUAACAUCUGUUGCAGAGUGCGACAAUAUAUGCGCAACCACAAGUUACAGAUUUAUUCUUUUGGCAUUAAGUAAGCUAUUAACAUUUCCAGACCACAAACUAGUUCCAGCAACAUGUGCCACAGCUCUCCCUCACCAUUCUUGCUGAAUAUUAACAUCUAAAUGAAACUGAGACAUAGGAGCCAAUAUUAUUUGUUCCAAAUGUACUUUUCCUACUAUGACAGGAAAAAAGAUCCUGUUGACUAUGCUAUGGUGCUACGCUGUGAUUUGAGAAGGAACAUUAAGUCUGUAGGCUGAGAUCAGUGGCAUCACCAGAGUUUUAAAAUCAGUGAUUCACAUCUAACCAUGAAUGCAACAACUAAACUACAACAUGAGUUGACAAAUGAGAAACACUGCAUGUUGAUUUGAACACAUCAGCUACGUUAAUGACAACUCACUGUGUACAAAAGGAUAAAACAGAAACUGCAUAUUGUGCUGUUUAUGGACUGUGUCAAUUGUUUACCUUUCUCAUGAAGCUUAGGAAGCAAUGAACGACUUCAGCACCCAAUGGAAGCUGAAACACCUAAUCUAUUCUUAGAGAAGAUGUUGCUAGCUAUGAUGUGUAUGAUUUAAAGAUAGAUAUUUACCAAACCAAAGAGAUAUGUGCCAAAGAGAUCACAAUACAUGAUGGACUCUAACCACAAGAUCAGUUUUACAACCCAUAGACAGAUGUGGAAAAGAAUUUCACAAAAGACAUUUUGUUGAACUUUGUCUCUAAAAGAUUGUUGAAACAAGGUUUACUUUACUUCUUUCUAUUGGUAAAAUGUUUUUUUUUCUGAACCUUGUUGUUCCAAGCUGUUCUUAGUACCUUCAAUAUGUUGGUAAAGAUUUGCACACUUAUUUAUGAGGAUAUAAAGAAGAAAAAUAACAAAGGUUGUCCUACGAAGAGGGAUAUUAACAUAUUUUUGUUUAUUUAUGGAAAUACUGCAAACAAAGUUGGUCUGGAUAAGAAAAGAACCUAAAAUGAUUUUAUUUUUCUGUACUGAAUAUGGAUUAAGAGGCUAUUGUGUGUGUGUUAGUGUGCCUUGAAUUAAAGCUCCUCUGAUGGAGAGUGUGAUGGGAUUAUCAUGGCGCACCAAUAAGCAGGAACACACUCCCACUUAUGGAAAAUGAAGAAUAACUUACUCCCACUGUAAAGUGACUGUCUUUGAAGAGAAGUGCCUUGUGUCUGAACCUUUCGUUGAAGAACAUGUUGAUGUAAAUGUUCAUUUACCUCAGAUGUUUACAGAACUGUCACUGAAUAAACUUUUUGUACCAAA